UUUUCUGUUUGGAUCGCGAGGAAGGACUAGAAGAGCCUUGGAUUACACGCAGAAGCAGAAUAGCCAUGGCGGAAGUCUAGAAGAGAAGAGGCGACCUGCUUGCUUCGCUUCAUCAAAGCUGAAAUUAGCCAUAGGCAUCCACUGAACUGAACUCUGUUUAUCGACCGAGGGAGGAAACUCUCCGCCAACUCCGUUUCCCUGCUGAGAAGGAGAAGAGUAAGUGAAGUCUUUCGCGGUUCCCGGAAGUGAUUGUAUUUGCAGUAGUUCAGUUUCAUUAUACGGUGCUGAGUUCAAUCAAUGGCAAGUUGACUUAUCAAAGUCGUUACCUGAUGAGGUAGUAUCGAAGUUAGUGUAGGAAACUCAACUAGACUUUCCGAGCCUUGUUGAAGUCAAUCCCUUGAAUUGCAUGUUCUUAGCUCCACUUGAUUGUUUGAAGUCCAUGUAGCCAUGAAAGAUAUUUUUUUGGUGGUCUGAUGUACGAUAUCUCUGCUUUCGGUAUACAUAAAGAGUGUAACAGAGUUUGGCUUCUAAGGGUUGCUGCUUGAAGGUGUUGCUUCCAUCAUGUCUGUACCGACUCCAGAAGGAGUUCUGCAAGUCAUUAGCUGUUCUUCCCCUCGGCUCCAGUCCGAGUAUGCUUCUUUGGGUCAUGCGAAUGGUUUUAGUGGAAGACAUAAAGCAAGACUCUCUUUGGAUAGGAGCGAAAAGAAUUUAAGGUAUCGGAACCGGGUUAGCUUGCUUUUCAAUGGCGGUGGCAUUCACUGGAGGAAGAGUAGAGUUGACGGAUUCAAAUCCUUGAUUUGUAAAUGUCAACGGACUGAAAGUGUUGGCGGCUUGUUUGCAGAGGAAGGAGGGCUGCAUACAUCAGUCCCCAUAAAUGGCAUGGUCAAAGCACAAAAGAUUCGAGAGUCCGAGUUGAAACAACACAUAGGACGUGAAAAUGAAGGGUCAUCAUUGAAGGCUGCUCAUGUCGUGCCAGAUACAGUUAAGGUGCGAAGGGUUCAUUCUGAAUCAAUUGAGGAUGAAGCUUGGGAUCUUCUACGGGAUUCAAUUGUUAGUUACUGUAACAAUCCUGUUGGAACCAUCGCUGCUAAUGACCCCAGCUGUCCUAGCAUCCUCAAUUAUGAUCAGGUUUUCAUCCGUGAUUUUGUACCCUCUGGGAUAGCCUUCCUUCUUAAGGGAGAAUACGAUAUUGUCAGGAACUUCAUCCUCCACACCCUGCAGUUGCAGAGCUGGGAGAAAACCAUGGACUGCCAUAGCCCGGGUCAGGGUCUGAUGCCAGCAAGCUUCAAAGUGCGGAUUGUUCAUCUUGAUGGCGAUGAUUCUGCAACAGAAGAAGUAUUAGAUCCUGACUUCGGUGAGGCAGCAAUUGGCAGGGUUGCGCCGGUUGAUUCAGGACUCUGGUGGAUUAUAUUGUUACGAGCAUAUGGAAAGUGCUCUGGAGAUCUGACAGUUCAAGAGAGAGUUGAUGUACAAACUGGGAUUAAGAUGAUUUUAAAGCUGUGUCUAGCUGAUGGCUUUGAUAUGUUCCCGACAUUGCUGGUGACUGAUGGUUCUUGCAUGAUAGAUCGCCGCAUCGGAAUCCACGGCCAUCCUCUAGAGAUUCAGGCAUUGUUUUAUUCAGCAUUGCUCUGUGCACGUGAGAUGCUUGCUCCUGAGGACGGGUCAGCUGACCUCAUUCGUGCACUUAACAAUCGUCUAGUCGCAUUAUCUUUCCACAUAAGAGAGUACUACUGGAUUGAUAUGAAGAAACUCAAUGAGAUCUACCGUUACAACACAGAGGAAUAUUCGUAUGAUGCAGUUAAUAAGUUCAACAUAUAUCCUGAUCAGAUCCCUCAUUGGCUGGUGGAAUUUAUGCCGAGAAGGGGCGGUUACUUAAUUGGAAACCUCCAGCCGGCUCACAUGGACUUCCGUUUCUUCUCUCUCGGGAACUUAUGGUCAGUUGUAAGCAGCCUUGCGACUCUUGAACAGUCACAUGCCAUAUUAGAUCUGAUUGAAGCAAAAUGGGCAGAACUUGUGGCAGAGAUGCCAUUUAAGAUAUGUUAUCCCGCCCUUGAAGGCCAGGAAUGGCGGAUUAUCACAGGCAGUGAUCCCAAGAACACCCCAUGGUCCUAUCACAAUGGAGGCUCUUGGCCAACUUUGCUAUGGCAGCUCACUGUGGCAUGCAUAAAGAUGAACAGGCCCGAGAUUGCUGAAAAUGCCGUGAGGAUUGCUGAAAGACGAAUAUCCAAGGACAAGUGGCCCGAAUAUUACGACACCAAGAGAGCAAGAUUCAUUGGGAAGCAGGCUCGCCUCUUUCAGACUUGGUCGAUCGCAGGCUACCUCGUGUCUAAGCUUCUUCUCGCCAACCCAAAUGCGGCAAAGAUCCUCAUAAAUGAAGAGGAUAGUGAACUCAUGAAUGCCUUCUCAUGCAUGAUCAGUGCCAACCCGAGAAGACAACGUGGAAGUAAGGGUAUCAAAAAGAGGUUCAUCAUUUGA